AUGGUGGGAGAGAGGACGCAGCUUGAAGCGGGCCGCGCCACCCUCCUUGAGGAGAGGGAGCGGCUGGCCGAGGGCAGGCGACUUUUUGAGGCCCGCGUUGCCGCGGCACACGCCUUCAACGAGAACGAGCGGCGCGCUCUAGAGGAGGAGCGGGAGGUCCUGGAGGGCAUUCGCACGGAGGCCGUGCGGGAGCAGGAAGAAGCCGCCCGCCUGGCCGAGACAUCGCGACAGCAAGCUGCCGAGUUACUCGCCAGGGAGAGGCAGUGGCAGGAGGAGGAGCUCCGGCACCGGGAGGAGGACGUCGUGAUCCGCGAGACCGACAUCAGCAUCACGGCGAUGGACCUGGACGCCUGGGAGGAGCUGCUGAUCCGCUGGGAGACUGAGGCUGCCAAGGCGUUGGUGGCCUCAGCUGCUUGGGAGGAGCAGACCGCCAAGUGGGAGUCUGAGCUGACCGCCCGCGAGCAGGUCCUCUCCACCCUUGCAGAGCGGGUGAAGCUGGCUGAAGCCCAGGCGACCGGCGGCAGCUCAACCGGCGCGGCCUAG